GCAGCAGCGUGUUCAUCAAGGUCAUUAAGCGUUUACCACCGUUCUGUCGGUUUUUAAUUAAAUUAGGGUGGACGCGCGCUAGCCUGCCCAUUGCGACGCUGCUUAGAAGAGCCUCUUAACUGGGGGUUGUAAAUUUAGAAGUAGGUAGGAAACAGCUGGAUCUUGAUAUACGGUAGCUACACACUAUGCGCUAGGAUGUGAACUGAUGCGAUCGGUGGUGUUCCAAAUAUCCAUUUUGUUUAUUUGAAUUAUUUGGCACACGUACAUACAUUUGGACUAGGCUGAAGAUGUGAGUAAGUUUGAUACAAAGAGAUAUUAAGUGUAUCGUUGUGAAAUGGAGAAAUGGCCGCAAGAAAGGAAACGAUGAGAAAAAGUGCGUAGUCCUGGAACGACACCGAUCGUGCGGUGUGCCCGCGCAGCGUCGCUCGGUCGGCGACGAACGGUCAACUUUCGUGGAAGUGAAGUGACGUUUCAGUGUCUCCGUCUACCGUCUCUGUGCGCCCGUGAGCAGCAGCAGCAGCAGUAGCAGCAGCAGACUCGUUGCGACCCGGUGCUGCUAAAUAUUAUUACCCAUGUAUCCAAUACAAACGACAAAAAUACACUUGGACGCUAGUGAUAAUAGUUAUUAAGCUGUUCGGAACGAACUAUAAGGAUAAAUAAAUGCAAGUUAACCAAGUGAAAAUAGCUAGUGAUUGACGACGGACCCAGAACCUGCUGCUGUCCGAUAGAUGAAUACUGUUUUGAGAUACCUAUUCAAUUUAAUUCUAUCAAAGCUAAUAUGACAAUAUGAGCGUGCACGAAACGGAAAACCAGGAGUCUGGUGAGUGCGAAUCCACAUCAAAUAAUAAAGAUGAAUUGUACAGACGGGUGGUAGCAAAAGCUGCGGCGGCGGCGGCGGCAGCGGCAGCAGCUGAAUCAUCGAAGAUGUUAUCAUCAUCUACGAUGCCCAUAGUUUUUCACGAUGCCGAAAACUACAUGCUGCGCGGUAUAAACCGGCCGCCGAUUGCCCAUGUUACCCAUCAGCAGCAGCAGCAGCAGCAUGCUCCUCUGAGCAUGGAAGACUUAAGAACCUUUUGGACUAAAACAAGAACCUUCGAUUACGACACGACCACGUUAGGUACUCUGCUCGAUGAAGAUUUAGCCAAUGACCAAUAUUGUGCCCGUAUUCUCUCGUUCCACAGUCUAAUGUGUUCUUGUGAAUUAUCUUGUUGCUGUAAUUGCGGUACAUUUUGCUCUUCAGAUUGUCAUGCAUGCUUCCACAAUUUUUGCGCCCGAUAUUUGUCGAAUCAUCCAUGUCAGAAAAACAAUGACGUUCUUCCACCAGUUACAUUGGAAUACGAUAAGCCCAUAUCUGAGUGGACGUCGUCCAAUGUAGUAGAAUGGAUGGCAGCCCUAAAUUUAUACGUUUACUCGGAUGUUUUCCGGUGUAAAGACAUAAAAGGAUCCGAUUUAAUAAAUUUGGACAGGGAAAAACUGAUUAAUAUGGGAAUUAAGGAUGAAUUUCAUCAAAAAGCUUUGUUAUCUUGUAUAGAUGAACUUAUUAAAAAACCAGAUAAUAACAAAAUGAGCAACGAGCAAAUGGGUAGCGACAGCGAUAAUAAUUUUGAUCAAUAUGCACACAAACUUACUCAACACAGUUUUAGUAAAAUGGAAACAUGUGAUAAAUGUAACAAAUACUUAAGAGGUUUGCUGCACCAAGGUUUCAUAUGCCAAAAUUGUGGUUUGGUUGCACAUCGGACGUGUGCAGUGACGGGAUUGCCGUCCUGCACCACGCCUCCCGGAGAGGACAGAGCACAUUUUAUACAGUUCAAAUCGUACUUUGGACAGGGCCUUUGCUUGCAAUUUAAUCCCAAUGAAUAUCCCGCGCCUGAACUUUUAAUUAACUGUACCAAGGAACUAGAGCUCACCGCUAAAAACGACAAAACAUUGGAAUUGUACAAUUUGUACAGUUCCACGCCGCCCUCGGACCAAGUGACAACGUUGCUGGAAAAAAUCAAAGAGUCGCCAUUGAAUGUUGAUCUUUCCGAAUACAGCCCUGUUUGCAUAGCUAGCAUUUUCAAAAAAUAUCUCAGGGAACUGCCCGAUCCCCUGAUACCGGUCUCGUGGUACGACAAAUUCAUUAUGGCCUCAAAAGAGAAAAACGACGAAGCUUGCUCGUCGAUACUUAGGCAACUGGUCGAAGAGCUGCCCGAACACCACAAAACUACACUUCGUUUCAUCAUGAGCCAUCUAUGCAGGAUGUGCCAAAUGGAGUACGCCAGAGGAAACAAAAGCCCGCCCACAGUAUUAAUCCAAGUAAUGUGUCAUAUAUUUCUUCGACCCCCGUGGGAGCAUAUAAUUCAAAUAGUCUGCAACACGCAAGCACACAAUAGGAUAGUGGAACUUUUGUUGCUCUACUGUGAUUGGGGAGAAAGUCUGCCCGAGUUUGCGUCUGCCCCUGUACUACCUCCAAGGAAGGCCACGACGCAUCGCAACAGCUCUUCGAGCCAACAGCAGCAGCCGGCAAUAUCGUCGAAUGCUCAGCAGCAGCAGCAACCCUCAGUGGAGAAGAUGCCGGAACAAGUAAAAAUUAACGCCAUCAGUCUGCAAGAUGCCGAAUGGUAUUGGGGCGACAUAACGCGCGAAGAAGUGAACGAAGUACUGAACGAGAGUCCGGACGGAUCGUACUUGGUCCGCGACGCGUCCAGCAAAUGCGGCGAGUACACGCUGACAUUGCGAAAAGGCGGUGCCAACAAGCUGAUUAAAAUUUGCCAUAGAAAUGGAAAAUACGGUUUCACCGAGCCAUACAUAUUUUCCUCGGUUGUAGAGUUAAUUAAUCAUUUUCGACAUCAUUCUUUGUCGCAGUAUAACGCAUCGCUCGACAUAAAACUUGUUAAUCCGAUAUCCAGGCACAACAUGGAAGAGGAAUCUGCGAAGACUGAAAACAUCGAGAUACUGAGAGAGGAGCUGAAAAAAAUUAAUCGCGACUUGAUUGCGAAAAACAAGUCGCUCGAGUGCUGGUCGAAAAUGCACGCGGAAAACAUGUACGAGAUCCAGAACAAGAAAACCUCGUUGGAGGCGUUUAAGGAGAUCGUGAAGGUGUUUAAAGAGCAAACGAAAGUGAGGGAAAAGUUCCAGAGCGAAGCGCAGCCGCACGAAAUAGUGAAUUUAAAGUCGAACAGCGACGUGCUGAAGGAGCGACAGAAGAAGUUGGAGGAAGUGUGCGAUCAGCUGGAGAACCAGGUGCAACGGAUGGAGGCUUACAACAGGUCGGUGGUGAGGGAGCUGACGAACAUCAAGCCGGAGAUCCACAGCUACCGGAAGAAGCGAGACAAGUACAUGCGAUGGCUGCAGGAGCGGGGCAUCAGCGUCGCCAAGCUGAAUCAGCUGCUGAAUCGCAAGGACGGCGAGGCGGGCGCAGAGGGGGACUUGGACGAUGGCGACAUCGAGUGCGACGUCGAUUCCUUGCCGCACAACGACGAGAACACGUGGCUCAUCCGGGACUGCUCGCGAACGGACGCCGAAAAGAUGCUGGCCAACAAACCGGACGGCACGUUCCUAAUCCGCUACUCCUCGCGCCUCUGCAAAUACGCCCUGUCGAUCGCCUGCAACGGCACCACCAACCAUUGCAUCAUCGACCACUCGAACAGAGGCUACGGCUUCACCGAGCCCUACAACAUUUAUCCCGACCUCAAGGAUUUGGUGCUGCACUACGCCACCAAUUCCCUGGAAAUUCAUAACGACUCUUUGAACACGGUCCUCAGAUACCCGAUCAAUCAGUACUAUGAAGUGGAUGAUGCUGCUGGUACUGCUGAUGCUGGAGGUGGAGGCUAUCUUCAGUGCAUUCCCACCUCCUCCACUUCCUACGCCACAUAAUUACGUUUCCGUGUCUAUUUUCUUUCGUGUCUUGUGAUAGUGAUUUAAACUGCUGUGACUUUUUAUUCCCAUAUUAAACAAAAAAUGUGAUGGUGAUAAUUAAAAAAAAAACUCUAACAAAUUAUAUUUACGGACGGAUGUAGACACCAAGUUUUGAAUUGAGAAUGAAACUGUUAAAGAAUAAAAUUAAUAAUAUUUACAUACCAGGUUUAAAUUGACUGUGAUAGUGUACUAAAGAAGGAAGAAGGUUGAAAACACCAACAAAAACAAAUUAAUCUUUUUUAAUAAUUAGCACAGAUGUUGGUGAGCAAGCAAGUGAAAAGGAAGAUUGCUUGAUGUGUUUUAGCAUCUGAACACUUGCCAUCAUUUCAAAUUUUCCAAUGUUAUUUAUUCAGUCUGUGCAAACAAAAACAACAAACAACAUUUUAUAUUGCUACCAUGCGGUACCAUGGUAGUAGCGCAAGCACCAGUGACCAUUUUAUGUGGGGGUUUGUUGAUUAAACCCCCCUCAUUAAUUAUUCUAGUGAUCUGUCGUCUUAAGAUAUUUUUGUUAUUCUGCAUAAUAAUAAUAAUAAUUAAUGUAUAAUAAUACUAGGGCUGCACUGAGACCUGCUUUUUAACUUGAAACAGAGGUGCCAAGUAAUGGAAUUUUUGGUUUUUUAAUGGUCUAAACAAUAUCCUAUUGGCAAUAUCCCAGGGUGCACUAAGAAUCCUUAUAUGUAUGGGUAUUUUUUUUAAUUUCAAGAGGUCGGUUAAAUUAGACAAAUGUGAAAAAUUAUGAAAAAAGUUUGCGGUUCUCAAAUAAUUAAAAAAAAAACUGAAAACCUGUCAAAAUCAAACUUCAUUAUUCCUGUGAAUUUUGAAAAAAGUUUUACAUUUAAACUUACACUUUUAUUUACAUUUUAAUCCAAUUUGCCCACUAGUUUUUGAUACCACCACGUUUUUUUUCCUAUGGCUGCCAUAUUGGAAUUUUACAUGGUUAGGUAGAAAAAAAUCAGGGAAUCUAACGAUGUAUUAAACUAAAUAAGUUAUGGCGGCCAUUAUAAAAACAAAACAUGGUAGCGAAGAAAUUGGAUAAAAAUGUAGGAUUUUUUUUCAAUUUAUAAAUUUUAUGGUCCAUUCAAUUUAUAAAUUUUUUUUAACUAGAUCACAAAUAUAGUUAUAAAGUUAUAAUUGGUGGUUUUAAGAACCUUUUUACUAUUUUCAUAUUUUUUGUAAAUCUAUUAUAGAAAGAUAUACAGGAAUAUAAGGGGUCCUUUCUCAUACUCAUACUCAGUCUAUGCGGAGAAAUAUUUUAAUUGGUUACCCUUGUAGAUUUUGUUUUAUGAUUGUUAAAAAUUUUUAAUCUUAAUGGGCUUUUUCUGUAAUUUAACUGAUCUUGUAGCUCUUUAAAUAAAAAAAAUACCCAUAAAAGAUACUUUGUGC